AUGACAGCCUCCUUAGUUCUAAACCCUCGCUGGCCAGCGGACACCGUGAUGUUUGUGUAUGACAACAACUUGGACGACAUGAACAAGAACAUGGAUGGGCUGGUGGGCAGCGGCAACUUCGCCGCCAGCCAGUGCCGCAACAUCAUGGCGCACUCGGCGGCCGCUGCUGCUCUGGGCGGCCACGCGUCCGGCCUGGUGCACUCCUCCGCAGGCUACCCCGCCGUGGACGUGUCCGCUUCGGGAUCCAGCGAGACCGGGGGGUCUUCCGGUAAGCCGUGUGCGUCCGGCCCGUGUCCGGCGGCCGCCGUGUCGCACCAGAGCUCCUCGGCUGCCACGGCGCUGCCGUACAGCUACUUCGGGAACGGCUACUAUCCGUGCAGAAUGGGGAGGGGCUCCCUGAAGUCGUGCACCCAGGCGGCGGGGGCCGCGCUCAGCUCGCAGUAUAUGGACACCGCGGUGAACUCGGACGACUACGCGAACCACCGGGCCAAGGAGUUCGCCUUUUACCACGGCUACCCAAGCCCGUACCAGUCCAUGGCGAGCUACCUGGACGUGUCGGUGGUCCAAACGCUGGGAGCCGGGGAGCCGCGCCACGACACCUUGCUCCCCAUGGACAGCUACCAGCCCUGGGCUCUAACCAACGGCUGGGGGGGGCAGAUGUACUGCUCCAAGGACCAAGGGCAGGCUGGACACCUCUGGAAGUCCGCCUUGGCUGAUGCCGUGGCUCACCAGCACGACGGCUCGCCUUUCCGCCGGGGCCGGAAGAAGCGGAUACCGUACACCAAGCUCCAGCUAAAGGAGCUCGAGAAGGAGUACGCCGCGAACAAGUUCAUCACCAAGGACAAGAGGAGAAAAAUCUCGGCCGCGACCAACCUGUCGGAGCGGCAGAUCACCAUCUGGUUCCAGAACCGGCGGGUGAAGGAGAAGAAGUUUGUUGCCAAAGUGAAGACCAGCACUCCGUAGCGCACAUUUUCUCUUGCACUCUGGACUAUUUUCGUGAAGCAGUAAUAGCAUGUGAUGCAAAAAGAAGGAAAUUAAAGAUGAGAAACAUGAUGGACAGUGCUUGUCCACGUGUGCCAACAAACGGGAUGAAAAUGCGAAUUAAAAAAAAGGACAUAAAGGACACCAAAAAAAAAGAGAACUGAAGUCCUCUGGUCAGCUGUCUCCUCAGAGGCAUCCUGUAAAUACAGCACCUUCCCGCCUGCUUUAAUGUAACUGUCCCGUCUACUGUGUGUGUUUACUGUGUGUCGGUGUUGUCUUGUAGCCAAUACC